AUGCAGACCAGCCGGCCUCAGACUGUGCUCCUCAUCAUUCGUAACGCCAAUGUAAGAGAAAGGCUGCCGGGCAGAAGAAAGUGUAACCCCUUAUUUGAUGGUUUGCUGAAACGAAACAUACAAAGAUGGCUGGUGGAUGGUGAUGUAUGUGAUACGGGUGACAGAGUUGUGUUUUGGACCACAGACUAUGGUGACAUUGAGGGCUCUGGGGACCCUAAAGACUAUGGUGACUUUGAGGACUCUGGGGACCCUAAAGACUAUGGUGACUUUGAGGACUCUUGGGCCCCUAAAGUCUAUGGUGACUGUGACGACUCUUGGGCCCCUAAAUACUAUGGUGACAUUGGGGACUCUGGGGACCCUAAAGACUAUGGUGACUUUGAGGACUCUGGGGACCCUAAAGACUAUGGUGACUUUGAGGACUCUGGGGACCCUAAAGACUAUGGUGACUUUGAAGACUCUAGGGACCCUAAAGACUAUGGUGAAAUUGAGGACUCUGGAGACCCUAAAGACUAUGGUGACUUUGAAGACUCUAGGGACCCUAAAGACUAUGGUGACUUUGAAGACUCUAGGGCCCCUAAAGACUAUGGUGAAAUUGAGGACUCUGGGGACCCUAAAGACUAUGGUGACUUUGAAGACUCUAGGGACCCUAAAGACUAUGGUGACUUUGAGGACUCUGGGGACCCUAAAGACUAUAGUGACUUUGAAGACUCUAGGGACCCUAAAGACUAUGGUGAAAUUGAGGACUCUUGGGACCCUAAAGACUAUGGUGACUUUGAAGACUAUAGGGACCCUAAAGACUAUGGUGAAAUUGAGGACUCUGGGGACCCUAAAGACCAUGGUGACAUUGGGGACUCAGGGGACCCUAAAGACUAUGGUGACUUUGAGGACUCUGGAGACCCUAAAGACUAUGGUGACUGUGACGACUCUGGGGCCCCUAAAGACUAUGGUGACAUUGGGGACUCUGGGGACACUAAAGACUAUGGUGACUUUGAGGACUCUGGGGACCCUAAAGACUAUGGUGACUUUGAGGACUCUGGGGACCCUAAAGACUAUGGUGACAUUGGGGACUCUGGGGACCCUAAAGACUAUGGUGACAUUGGGGACUCAGGGGACCCUAAAGACUAUGACUAUGGUGACAUUGAGGACUCUAGAGACCCUAAAGACCAGGGUUACUCUGAGGACUCUGGAGACCCUAAAGACUAUGGUGACUUUGGGGACUCUGGGGCCCCUAAAGACUAUGGUGACAUUGAGGACUUUGGAGCCCCUAAAGACCAUGGUGACUUUGAGGACUCUGGGGACCCUAAAGACCAUGGUGACAUUGGGGACUCAGGGGACCCUAAAGGCUAUGGUGACAUUGGGGACUCAGGGGACCCUAAAGACUAUGGUGACAUUGGGGACUCAGAGGACCCUAAAGACUAUGGUGACAUUGGGGACUCAGGGGACCCUAAAGACUAUGGUGACUUUAAGGACUCUAGAGACCCUAAAGACCAUGGUGACUCUGAGGACUCUGGGGCCCCUAAAGACUAUGGUGACUUUGAGGACUUUGGAGACCCUAAAGACUAUGGUGACAUUGAGGACUCUGGAGAGCCUAAAGACCAUGGUGACUCUGAGGACUCUGAGGCCCCUAAAGACUAUGGUGACUUUGACGAUUAUGGAGACCCUAAAGACCAUGGUGACUGUAGGGACUCGGUGGACUCAAGUGACGUUUAG